UUUAUUACUGUUGUUUUGCCCGGAGCUUCGUGCCUGAACCCUUCGCGUGCAGGUCGUCGUUUUGCUGGAGCGGGGCGGCAGGAAGGAACAUCUUCCAUCUGUGUCUGAUUUAUAAUGAGUGCCAAAUCUGCUAUCAAUAAAGAGAUUUUUGCACCACAUGAUGAAAGGAUGCUGGGUGCAGUCCAAGUAAAAAGGAGAACGAAGAAAAAGAUUCCUUUCCUGGCAACUGGGGGUCAGGGUGAAUACUUAACCUACAUUUGCUUGUCAGUGACAAACAAGAGACCUGCACAAGCAUAUAUUACAAAAGUUAAACAGUUUGAAGGUUCUACAUCUUUUGUACGAAGGUCACAAUGGAUGCUUGAACAGCUUCGCCAGGUUAAUGGUUUAGAUCCUCAUCGGGAUUCCCCAGAAUUUGAUUUAUUGUUUGAAAAUGCUUUUGACCAAUGGGUGGCAAGUACAGCCUCUGAGAAAUGUACAUUCUUUCAAAUUCUCCAUCAUACUUGUCAACGGUAUCUUACAGAUAAAAAGCCAGAAUUUAUUAAUUGCCAGUCUAAAGUUAUUGGAGGAAACAGCAUAUUACAUUCGGCAGCAGACAGCGUGACAAGUGCAGUACAGAAAGCAAGCCAGGCUUUGAAUGAGCGCGGUGAAAGAUUAAGUCGAACUGAAGAAAAGACAGAGGACAUGAAAAAUAGCGCUCAGCAUUUUGCAGAAACUGCACACAAGCUUGCCAUGAAACACAAGUGUUGAAAAUGACUGUGUGGAGAUCUUUCUGAAUGGAACUGCAAAAAUAGGAUUGCCCAUUUUUAGUGAAAAAUGCAAGUCUAUGUCUCUUUUUUCCAACAAUUUGGUAAUCAGUAGUUCCAAUUAUCACAUAGGAAAUUAGUAUUCCUACUUUUUCUAUUGCUAGGCCAUUCAGUGUCUGUCUUUUUUUAAUAUUUAAAAUGAGAUGGUGUUAAUAUGUAAAUUGGACCAAAGGAUAUACUAAACUGCACUGAUCUGCAAGAAUCUAUUGUCCCAAUGUUGUGUAGGAAUACAAUAUUUUAGCUUCAAGAAAGGUAAUCGAGUCACAGUAAAAUCCAGUAAUUGUUAUAGAGUUGUUUCUUAGAGCAAAUUUUGAAGUAAAAGUGUUCAUAACUUUUAUCACUGGGCAACAAAAAUAAGUUGCUGUGAAAAACAGCUUGACUUCUCAGUUCUGCCAUUUUUAGCAAAUUUAUUUUGCACGUGUCAUCACUAGCAUGGUGAAUUUGAAUUUGAAUUGUCCAUCAUGUUGUCAACACUAUUUAAAAAAAAAUCUUUUUCUUAUGGUCUGAAUUUAUUUUAAUGUUACCAAAAACACAUUAGAAAUGUUAAGGAAAAGCUGAUUAAAUCUAUAAACACUUCAAUAUUUUAUCUGGAAUCUAAAAUGUCCUAAAUAAACAUUAUAUUGAAACUGUUUCAAGAAAUAAUACAUGCACAAGCACUAUUGUAAGUUUUUGGAUUUCUUCUAUUGAUAAGCAUGCUUCAAUUUUAUUGUUCAAAGUAAGACUUGCUAGAGUUUUCCUUAAUAGUGUAAUCUGGACCUGUGAAGACCAAAAUUCAGUCUAAUCUUUGCAGUCAUUAUAUUUGCAGUCACUGGAUCAUAAUCAUACAUUAUAAUUAACAUUAUUUACAAUAAAA